CCACCGACUGGCUCGCCACGGUUGCUCACUUUUCGGGCUCGGUGCAUAUCUCGCCUCUUUUCUCCUAGGUGGGGGGCCAAGGAUAGAGAGGGGAUAGCCUCAGUCCAGCCUCUGGCUCUCUUCUGCCCUGCGGGAGGCCAUCUGGCCUGGGGGGCCCUGCGGUGACUCUGGGGGGCGGGAAAAGGAAGGGAAGCUACUGCUUAAAAGGCUGGGCGUGUGUGUGUGUACGUAUAUGUAUGUGUGUAUACACGCUCGUGACAGAGGGCGAGAGGGCUUCCGUGACCACUGGUCAUCUGUAUCUCGAAUUGAGAGCUCAAUAGCCGCGGUGGGGGGAGCGCCCUGCCGGUUGCUUGGGCUCCUGAAGAAACCCGGGGCUCUGACUGAGAGCUCCUUCCCGAGGAGCCUGCCACCUCACCAGCAGAAGCAGCCGGCUUAUCCCGGCUCCGGCCCCGGCCUCGGCCCCGGCCCGGCUGGAGCGCGGAGGCAGCAUCAGCAGCGGCGGCGGCGGCGGAGGCAGCAACAGCAGCAGCAGAGGCGGUGGCGGUGGUCUCAAACCAUGAAUUAUGUGGGACAGCUGGCUGGGCAAGUCUUUGUCACUGUGAAGGAGUUAUAUAAGGGCAUUAAUCAAGCCACACUCUCUGGAUGUAUUGAUGUCGUUGUGGUCCGGCAACAGGAUGGCACCUAUCAGUGUUCUCCAUUUCAUGUUCGGUUCGGGAAGUUAGGAGUCCUCAGAUCAAAAGAAAAAGUGAUAGAUAUAGAAAUCAAUGGCGAUGCUGUGGAUCUCCAUAUGAAGCUGGGGGAUAAUGGAGAAGCCUUCUUUGUUGAGGAGACUGAAGAGGAAUAUGAAAAACUUCCUGCUUACCUGGCUACCUCACCAAUACCUACAGAAGCUCAGUUCUUUAAAGAUAUUGAGUCUCAUUUGAUUAAGUCAGGUGGAAAUGAAAGGAUGUGUCAAAGUGCUGAAAUCUCACACAUUAUGGAUGCAGAGACCGUUUUCAACCCAGGUUCUGUGAAGAAGAAAAAACGGCGGAAAAAGAAGUAUAAACAAGAUAGCAAGAAGGAAGAUCAGACCUCAUCUCCUGGAAUGGAUGAUGCCUUUGAUAUAGACAUAAGCUCUGACGAUGAUAAAGGAACCCAGUCAAUGAGAGGAACUUCAAAUACAACAGUGAAGGAGGAAGAGUAUAAGGAACCUUUGAUCUUCCAUUCCAGUGAUCAUUACCCAUUGUCUGAUGGAGAUUGGUCCCCUUUAGACAAUGCCUUCUCCCAGACGGUCUGUCCGAAGAGUGAUUCAGAACUUGAAGUAAAGCCUGCUGAAAGCUUGCUCCGAUCAGAAUCUCACAUGGAGUGGACCUGGGGAGGUUUCCCAGAGUCUACCAAGAUCAGCAAGAAAGAAAGAUCUGAUCACCCUCGAACGGCUACUAUCACACCAUCAGAAAAUACCCAUUUUAGGGUCAUCCCCAAUGAUGAUAAUCUUGUAAAUGAAGUUGAAAAGGAUGCUUCAGUGGAUGAUACUGUGUGUACAAUAGUAAAACCAAAGCCGAGGGCACUCUGUACACAAAUGAGGGAGACAACUGAGACUAAUUCUGUUGCCUCUGAAAUCCUUGAACCUCCUCUUGAAAGCCCACAAGUUUUAUCUCUGUUAGAUGCAGAUUCUCUCCCUAACUCAGCAGUAGAACCUUCAUCAUCAGAAAUAAAGCCAGUCACUAAACUGGAUUCCCCAUCAAAGAAGAAAGGUGUCCACAAGAGAAGCCAGCACCAGGGACCUGAUGAUAUUUACCUAGAUGACCUAAAAGUCUUGGAACCUGAAGUUGCAGCGCUUUAUUUUCCCAAAAGUGAUUCUGAUCCAGGUUCUAGACAGUGGACUGAGUCUGAUACUUUGUCUGGCUCUCAGUCUCCCCAGUCAGUGGGAAGUGCAGCUGCUGACAGUGGCACAGAAUGCCUCUCUGAUUCUGCAAUGGACUUGCCUGAUGUGACCCUCUCACUUUGUGGGGGACUCAGUGAGAAUGGAGAGAUAUCAAAAGAAAAAUUCAUGGAACAUAUCAUUACUUACCAUGAAUUUGCAGAAAACCCUGGACUUAUAGAUAAUCCUAAUCUAGUGAUACGGAUCUAUAACCGGUACUAUAACUGGGCCCUGGCUGCUCCUAUGAUCCUAAGCUUACAGGUGUUCCAGAAGAGCUUGCCGAAGGCUACGGUUGAGUCCUGGGUCAAAGAUAAAAUGCCAAAGAAGUCUGGGAGAUGGUGGUUCUGGCGCAAAAAGGAAAAUAUGGCCAAACAGCCACCAGAGGCCAAGGAAGGGAAAUCUGAGGUGCCACCAGCAGGUGAUUUGCCAAUGAAUGCAAAAGAACAAACUAAUAUGAGGCCAACUGAGAAUGAUUCAUCUAGUGACGAGGACUCCCAAGAGCUUAAAGAUUCCCUCAAAAUUGAUCCUGUCCCAGUAGAACACCUGAGCCAUUCAAGCACUACUUCUUAUAAGAAGUCACUUAGACUUUCUUCAGACCAAAUCGCAAAACUGAAGCUCCAAGAUGGCCCAAAUGAUGUCGUGUUUAGUAUUACAACCCAGUAUCAAGGUACCUGUCGCUGUGCAGGAACCAUCUACCUGUGGAACUGGAAUGACAAGAUCAUAAUUUCGGAUAUCGAUGGAACAAUAACCAAGUCUGAUGCUUUAGGGCAGAUUCUUCCUCAACUAGGCAAAGAUUGGACCCAUCAGGGCAUAGCAAAACUCUACCAUUCCAUCAAUGAGAAUGGGUACAAAUUUCUUUAUUGUUCAGCUCGUGCCAUUGGAAUGGCAGACAUGACACGAGGAUACCUUCACUGGGUCAAUGACAAGGGAACCAUCCUUCCUCGGGGGCCUUUGAUGUUGUCCCCUAGCAGCUUGUUCUCUGCUUUUCAUAGGGAAGUGAUAGAGAAGAAACCUGAAAAGUUCAAAAUUGAGUGUUUGAAUGAUAUCAAGAAUUUAUUUGUUCCAAGUAAAGAACCUUUCUAUGCUGCUUUUGGAAACCGACCAAAUGACGUGUAUGCCUACACUCAAGUUGGGGUGCCAGAUUGUAGAAUAUUCACAGUGAAUCCCAAAGGAGAAUUAAUACAGGAACGGACCAAAGGGAACAAAUCAUCGUAUCACAGGCUGAGUGAACUUGUAGAACACGUGUUCCCACUCCUCAACAAAGAACAGAAUUCGGCUUUUUCGUGCCCAGAGUUCAGUUCCUUUUGCUUCUGGCGAAAACCAAUCCCUACAGUGAACAUGGACGACCUGGCUUGAAUGUUUCCACCCCUACAGGAAAAGGGGUUUGCUCUCUUCAGAUGCUCAGGCUCAGUGUGAAGAGUGAAAAAAGCCCUUCCGAAGUGGGGGCACAUUCAUCUUACUUUAGAUCCAUAGGUGUUGAGGCACAAACCAUCCAGAGCAGUGAAAGGCACAGCCGCCUUUUGAUCUUCACUCUCCUGGUUUGACUUGGGGAUUGAUUGUAUCUGGAACUGUAACACUGCCAGAGCCCGUGGUACCAGAAGGUCGAGUGAAGAAGAAGCAUUAGCCUUAAGUUUGUAGUCCUAUGCUUCUCUUGUUGCAAACCUUUUGUAUUUGGUGGUUUGUUUCUGGUUUUGUUUUGUUUUUCUUUUUUUUCCCCUUUUAAUUCCUAAAAUUAAAAGGUGGAAAGGAGAAGCCAAAAAAAAAAGUGCACCAAAAAGUUAUGGAAAGUAGAUUGGAGUGGGCCCCAAACAAGCACUUUGGAUUUAGUGUUUCCGUGUUUUACCAGGGUAUUUUCAGAGGAUUAGUUGUUGGGUUAACUGUUACAGGGCCAAUUAAUAAUGUAGGUAUAAAAUUUGUGUAUAUCUGUUCUUAAAGACCUUACUCGGAAAAUAUGAACGAAUAGCUGCUUAGAUGUAUGAAAAUGUUUUAUCAUAUGUACAGCAAUAUUGAUAUUCAUUAACCAGACCCCCAUUACCGAUUCUUGUACUCAAACUUUGUAAUUUUUUUUAUUACAUUGAGUAGUGACAUCCUCUUUCCCCUCUUCUCUAACCACUCCCACACACACACAUAACCCCCUUUAAAUAAGCAAAUCUUAUUUGAACCUUAAUGUAAGAAGUGGUUUUCUUACAUUAAAGCGUUGUGAGCUUUUAGGAAGGAAGUUUCUUGAAUUUUAUUUUUUCUUCCCUGUGAUUGCCCUAGGGGGAGAUCUUUUUGUUGUUCCAGCCCAGAUUUAGCCAAGAGAGACAAAUCACAUUUGUGCUUAUUUGUUUCCAUAAAUUUCAAAUAAUGGGAAUCUCAAUAGAGAGUCUGUAGGCCAGUAAGUACAUGUAAAUGCACAUAGUUCCAAAAGUUCCUAUGAGCACAUUCCCAGAACCCCAAUUGGUGCUUGUCAGCCAUACUUUCUCUUGCCCAAUUAGCUCUGGUUUCUCAGGAAAAAUAGGCAAGAAUGUUCUUGUCAGGUGAACUCUCACCUGGAGUGAGCUUUUUCUGGGUAUUAAGGUUGGCAUCAGCAUCAGAAGACUGAUUCUCUUGGAGACGAAGUUUCCAAAAUUAUGCUAUAGAUCAGCUUUGUUAAAACAGUGUCCUUUGGAUCCUCUGGAUCUCCUUUCAGGAGUGUUCACUUGGGCAUUUUAAUCUGGUCUUAUGACAAAGCCAAGAGAAUUUGAGUGGGGUUUUUUUGUUGUCUUUUUUUUUUUUUUGAGGAAGAGGAGGGCAUCUCACCAUGGAUUACCCAUCCCUGAGCAAAAGCUCCAGGACAAUCAUUUGGAGUCCUUGUGUUUGCAGUGUCGCAAAUCUAGGUUCAAUAUAGACAAAUCAGUCUGUGCAACUUUGGAGUGUGUUCCAUUGAUGGAGAGGUGGGGUGCACAAAAAUGGCUUCAUAGGAAGGGUCUAUAAUGAAGGUGGGGAAGUGAAUUUUGCAAACGUAAAAUUAAGGUGCUUUUUCCAGAAAAUCAAUAGCUGGAUUUCCCAGCCUCAUUGAAAAUACAUGCGGUUGCUGUUAUUGACACACACCACCAGUGGUCUACAUGGCCAAAUGGAUAGCACCAUGUUACAAAGAAGUUCAGAGGUUUCAUACUCGAGGUUGUUUUUCAGAGGUCAGGUUGGACACUCUACCCACGGUUAGACAAGAGGGACAUCCCUUUUAAGGACUGUUACUUCAGUGUCUAUUAUAAUAACUAGUAGAGAAGAACUUUGGAGUUGACUGUGAUAUAUAGGUAGAGUUACAGCCCAGUCACUGAAAAGCACUCUAAACUGUGCAAAGGCACAAAAUGGGAGCCACUCGGCAUAGUAAAACUGCAUUCCAAAAGAUCUUUCUGUUUUCCCUAGUUCCUUCCAGGAGGCAUUUUGAAUGAGAAGCGUUCUCAGUUUUGGCCUGCCUUUCUCAUACUGUGAAACUAUUGACCUAGAAGUGGGCCAGAGAGAGGGAGCGUGGUAUGUGAUCAGUCUUCCAGGUCCAAAUGACCGGGAGUUCCCAUUGUGUCUUAGCUGUCCACCCCAGUUGGUUUGUGUUAAUAGGGAGCACACUUCAAAUGCAAGGGAGAAAAUCUUGAAAUGCCUUGGAGGAUUUUCAGUGGCAAAACUCGAGUCAAGUGUUCACAAAUAAGGGGAAAAGAGUCUAGUUAAAACCUCUCAUCUUUGACAUCUAGGUGAGUCGACUGAAGUAUUUAUCCAUAUUAUGUUAGGGACAGUAGAUUAUAUUUAUGAAGUUCUACCUAACUCGUGAAUUAAAAUCAUAGUAGAGUGUGUACAUAUUUGUGUGUAUCUAAAUGUACACAUACACACAUAUAUAAAAAACUUUAUUUUCAUAAAUGCCAAGAGCAUGUCAUCUACCAAGCUCAUGCUUAUGAGCUCUAGUCACCUAACCUCCAGAUGUAAGGGUGGUUUGUUUUUUUGUUUGUUUUAUACACAAGGUACGAAAAAUUUCUGAAUAGACCCACUUCUUCUUAAGUCCCCCUUAGAAGGAGAUGCAUCCUUUUGGGAGUUUGAUUUGAUGGUUUUCUUUCUCUUUAAUGAACAGUCUUUGCAUUGGACACAGGCCUCUUAGGAUCCAAGCUGGAAAUUGGAUUCUAACCUCUGUGGUGUGAUUGCUGUGACUUUUGUGUUAGUGUCCAUAAGAAAUGGGCUUUAAUGUGGUCCACUCCUGGCUUUGUGCUGCAGUCUGAUUCCGUGGCUCUGUGUAUGCCAAUUAACAGGUUAUUCUCUUUCCUUAUUUAAAAAAGAAGUCUCUUUUACUAGAAGUAGGUGAUUUGCUCUGAUGAUAGUGUUAUUCAAGUAUUAAGUUUGUGCUAAAAUCCCAUUGCCAUUUGGUACAAAUGACUUUUGUUCUUUCUGUGAAAGAGGUGAAAUUGAGUGUGUUUGUACACCAGCCCUUAAGAUGGUGUGUUAAUGAAGAUAUGUUAUUACCCCUUAUUUGGAGUCACCUGAGAAGCUAUGUGUUGCAGCAGUAAUGGAGAUAUUAAGGAACAGUGGAGUGCAGAUUUGAUCCGUUGUAUUGCACGCUCUCCUUAUCUCCAGUGAUUCAACAGCUUUAAUUUCUUUUGAAAAAAAUAAAAUCAGUCUUAUUAACGUUACCAUUUUCUUUUUUAUCCAUGUGCUUUGAGCUCGUACUUCUGCAAAAUGUAAAACUUGUCCAUCAUUGAUUUGACUGUCCUAGAAGUGCAGGUAUGGUGGUCCCAGAGCAUGCAGAUUUAGCCCUUUCAUAUCCUUAUACUGUGUUUAGAUGUUCUAUUUGCAUAGUUUUCAACUUGGGGAGGGGGGGAAUUUCUUGCUGUUCAAAAGCCCUGAAGUGACAACUGCUUAUGAGGGUGGUGCUUCAGGAGAGAUGGCUGAUCCAACUGAAAAGUCUGGGCUGAUGGUCCAGCGGAUGCAUCAUUAUUCCUAGCCUAAGCAUUGCAUUUUCAGGGGCCCUUGAAGAGUCCUAUGAGAAAGGUACAUUGAAGAUAUAUAUUUUUUAAAAACAAAUAGCUUAUAAAAGCAAGUUCCUUCUCUUAUUGAAAGAUGCUGAAAGUGUAACUUUUUGAGAAAUUUUAUCAGCUUUGAAGUGAUAUAUUUUGCUCUAUGAAGCUUGAGUUUCCUGUGUUUGGUUCUGCCUUGUUGGGUGAAACUGGUUCAAAAUGGAAUUUUUCUUAGAAGCAAGAUGAAAACUAUAUUGUUGGUUUGUUUGGAAGGUCUACGAAAGGAGGGGAACUUUUCAGUGCUUUUGAUGAUAAUUAAGUUGAGAUUACGGUGAAGUAUUUGAUUAUUGGACAGCAAAGACACUAGUGAGUUUUUUAGGUUGUCUAAAACGAAUCUGAGCAUCAGUAGGAUACUUUGGGUUUGGUAAAGACUGCAUUAUCUUGGAAUAAAUAGCUCACAUUUUGGUGCAACGUUUGAUGUUCAAAACAAAAUGUUCUGAUAAUAAACAAAUACAAACUCAAA